GAAAUUUCCACGUGAACGGUCGACGCAAAGAAAUAUUUCAAAUUUGAAGCAUAAAUUCAGCCACAAGUCAGAGACAGCUGUAUCCAUAUGUUGUGCCUUUGUAACAAGUAUAAAUGAUGAAUUAUUCAGCAGUUGGGGUAAUUUCCCAACAACAGGAACAAGUUGUAAGUUAUUGUUAGUCUAGCACUCAUGAAAAGGAUUUUUACCAUCAUUUUUUAACCAAUCCAUAACGAUAUAUUUACAACGAUGAUUAUCUUCUAUGCUAAUUGCGUAAACUAGUUAUUGAAAAAUUGAUGUUCCCAUUUUUAACUGAAUGUAGCUCAUUGCAUAUUGAAUGUCCUGUCCAUAAAUAGUGACUUCAUUCCAUAAACCGAGGUUUUGGACCGCAAAUUCAAUUUCUGGUAUACAACUUCUAUAUUAUCCCCGCGACACGGGGGGAAAUCAUUCACAAUUUCACCUUGAAAAUGAAAUUAAUAUCUGUACCAAACAGCGCUUUUGAUUGUGGUAAAAAUGAUAUAAAAAUUCGUCAGAUUGUUAUUUGAAGCCAACGUCACAUAGGGAACUAUUUUACGCCGAACCUAAUAAACAACAAUAGGUGCAAUUUGAGAAAAUCGUGACUGACGUCUCUUUGAGUGACAUUAGUCAAACGCCCUACUGAAUUAAAGAAUAAUAGAUUCUCAAAAUCAUUAUAAAAUAGGGCAUUUGAUGCCCGACGUAUGGAGGUCGUGUUAAAAGUAAAUACCAUAUAGGCGUAGCUGCACCAAGAAUGUAAAGAUGCUAUGAAUCAGUUGUCUCAUGUACUAAAAUAGGGUAAUCGAACGUUGUAAAAAGCUAUGCAAAUUCUUAGUACUUCAAGAGGUAAAGCAGACAAUAUAAAUGGAAAAGUGUAUAAUUACCGGAAGUCACUCGCAUAAUAAGGUCAUGAAACUAGAAAUUCAGAGGAAAAGCUGGAGGAUACCAGUAUCAUAAAAUACAGAUGCUGCCUAACGAGUAUGUUAUUACCUUCGGUUAGGACAGCUCUAUAGGCAUUUCAUUGCAUAAAAGCGAAACGUGGAAUAUUGCUUUUGCUCCGAUGGAUGGGGUAGAAGAAUUCCAAUACAACAGACAAUAUUGUGUAAAAAUUGGUAUCCUAAAUUAAAUAUGUAUAUAUUUGCAAAUUAAUGCGUUGGUAUUUUUAAACAAGGAUAUAUAGCUGGUUUUUCACUACAUUGUACUUGUUGAAAAGGGUGAUAACAGAUUAUUUAGAUAGCAUGCCCACAUCAUCUGGGAAAUCGUGGUUGUGAUUAUUUCAUUUUAUUAUUUAUAUUCAUGACUCUUCGAAUUCUAUGAUUUUUGAAUUUUAGAAUAAUUAUCGUACACAUACUAACAUACAUUGAAAGGGAUGUCUGGGUUACUGAUCAUAAUUCUACUGGGGUUUUGUACAUGUAUUACUUGCCAAAAAAUGGAACUAGCAGACAGAAACAGGCAAUUCGACAUCAAUAAAAAUGUUGGCAUUGAUCCAAUCAGGAAACGCAAAAUACAAUUUCCUCCAGAGCCAACACUUGGGAAAACUGGAGUACCAGUCACUACAAAACGCUCAAUAUUAUUAACACCGUGGGCAACAACGCUACCAACUGAAUCCAGUACAAAAAGAACUAUUCCCGCCACCACUACAACAAUUUUCGUUGUUCAACCGACACUCGGAGUCCCUGUUACCUCCAGACGACUAGUUAUAUCUUCCACAAUACCACCCACAUUCUCUAAUCCGCCAUCACCAAAAUCGAGUACAUUGUUUAGUCCUCCGUUUGAACCAUCCGUUCUACCCAAUGUUGUGGGACCGGCAAUUGUGGUAACACGACGAAUACAACGAAAUAACCAAGAGGUAACAAGUUCCAUGCCAUUGGAGAUAAGCAACACUCCAGAUUUACCAUUUUUACAAGAAUUUGAAAACCGAACAGCGCUGACUAACGUUGCGCCACCCUCAUUGUAUACGCGGCCGAUACUAGCUACAACUCCAGCAUCUAAUCAAACGAACGGUGGUAACAAUCAGUCUAGGGAUGACCAAACCAUUCUAGUGGAUUCCUUGUGCGGAUACCCAGUUUACUAUAACAGAAGCGCGUGUCACGAGCUAGACUAUUUUACGCAGCCUUUAUCACUAUGUGAAGAACGAGGUGGCAUGAUAGUAUUUGCGUUUUUUGUUAUUGUACUUGGAUUGACUAUUAUUCUUCUUAACUGCCUGCUGCCUGUUGUUGUAUGGCAAAGGUCUGACAUGAGAACUCAGUAUGAUUAUAUAAAAGUUUCUUUAUCAGUUGCUGACAUGUUGAGCGGUUUUCUUCUAUUGACCGCCGUUAUUCCAAACACGGUUUGGAUUAGAAAAUACAGCGAGGAAAGGGUAAUAGAGCUUCUAGAGAAAGACACAAACUCUGUUGUAGCCAUUUUUGUCGGAUCUUUGUUGACCAUGUCGGGACAGGCCUCUCUUCUUCAUCUGAUGUUUUUGUCUAUCGAACGAUUUAUUGCCAUCAAGUGGUCAUUUUGGCAUUUAUUGCGGAAAACUCGAACCAUUAUUAUCACUCUGAGCUCGAUAUGGAUAACAUCAUUUUUAUGCGCUUUUAUUCCAGCCGCUUUUUCUCAAUAUUUUGAAUACAAAUUUCAACCACCCCUAUUAAUACACAUGAUGACGCUGCGAACAAUAACGGGAGAAUCAGGAGAAGUAGAAUACGGAAUUCAUGGUCCAUUAUACACUGUAAUUACAAUGAUUCUGCCUUAUGCAAUAAUGUGUGUGGCGUGCAUCAUGACCGGUAUUGUAUCGUACAAAAAAUUGGCAAGCAGGGCUAAAACAUUCGGGGACGAUGGGGCGUUCCACACUACUUCAAGAUACACCAGCGCAGCCACAGGUGUGACAGCCAGUCCAGUUACCAAACCCAGAUUAAGAACACCAAAUAAGCUACGACCUGAAGUAUCGGUUUUCAUCACCAUUACCAUAAUGAUUUUGGGAUUCACAGUAACAAUACUGCCCUUUGGAAUCGUGCUCAUCCUAUUCGUGGCGGGAACUUUCAACUGCGACAACUACACGACUCCGUAUACUGUUUCGUUCUACGCUGGUCUCGCUAACGGGUUUAUCAACCCAAUAAUAUACAGUUUUCGGGAUGAAAGAUUCAGAAUUGCUGUUAAAAAAAUAUUCUGCGCCAGGUUGAAGAAUAAAAAGCAGACUUCACCAGUGACCACCAAUGCGUCAAACAGCAGUUCUAAAGUGUGAUGCUCUAAAGAUUAUGAUAUUACAUAACACCUUGCAAUAAGAUUAUAAGCUUAUCGUUACAGGUUCAGGCUCAAAAUUGAUCGGCCGUCUAGACCUGACAACGCCAUCGUAUAGAAUACACUGCGUGAUUUACUUUUCCCCAAAGUAGAGUUGAAAAAAUGAUAAAAACUGUAGAAUUCUAACGAUAUUUAUCUGUGGGUUCUAGAAAAAUUCGCGCAGAAAAUUUCUCUGUUGGAAAUUUCGCUACAUGAAAAAUGGCGCAAGAGCAUUUUGCUGUGAAACAAGUAUUUGUGAUUUUUGGUUUUUGAACAACCUUUUUAUUUAAAAAAAAUUCGUUAUUUAUAGGAGCAUAACCUAACCUUAACUGUUUUUAUCACAAAUACUUGAAUACAGUAAAAUGCUCUUGCGGCUAUUUUUCAUGCAGCGAUUUUUCCUAUGCGGCAAAUUUCCCCAUGCGGUGAAAUUUCCUACGGCUAAAUGUCCUGCAUUGAAUUUUUUCGUACAUGUAUCUAUGCAAUGCCUCGCAUGUUAGAAAGGAUGAUUCUAUUCUCACUUCAUUCUUUUUUUAAACUGUGGGUCAACGUUU